AUGCCGCCGAAGCGCAAAGCGGUUAUUCCGCUGAACGCGGCCUCAGCGAUUAAUUACACCGACUCUACCGGUGACCGCGCAAACAAGCGGUCGCGCAUAUCUAAACCUUCGACCAACAACUUCAGGAAGGAAGUACCGCCUGAGCCGUUAACGGCCCGCAAUGCUGAGAAUGGUGGGCCAGGUGAGAAAGCUGAGACUGAGGUCAUCAGUAAGGACGGGGAACUUACAUUUGAUCACUCGCGCCCCGAGGAGCGCUCAGGCAUUGUCGACAGACGGUACUAUCCCGCGGAGAUGAGAAAUGAGCGAUGCGCGCAAUACAACGGCAACGAGAUACCCCGGCCUAUCGAGUUGCUGAGCAAGGCUAUUGGCGAGACUACUGCUGCCCGAACGGCGAUUCGUGGCAUGAAGCAAGGCGAUGCGGUGCUACAUUGGUUCAAGCGGGACCUGCGCAUUCGAGAUAACACUGGCUUGAGCAGAGCAAGUGCGCUGGCGAAGGAGAUGAAGAAGGGCGUGAUUGGUGUGUGGAUCAUGAGUCCGCAGGACUGGGAAGCGCACUUGGUGAGCCCGGCAAAGUGCGACUUCGAGUUGCGCUCUGUGGAGAUUCUGAGGAAAGAGCUGGCGGAGUUGGACAUACCCCUACACAUUGAGGUCAUUGAGAAGAGGCGGAAUGUCCCGAAACGACUGAUUGAGAUGGCGAAGGCAUGGAAUGCCAAGAACGUAUUCUGCAACAUCGAGUAUGAGCCCGACGAACUGCGGCGCGAGGAAAAGCUCGUCAAGUUAAUGCUGGAGGAAGAUAUCAACUUCGACCCGCAACAUGAUGACUGCGUCGUCCCUCCAGGUACGCUAAAGACGGGUGGUGGGAAGCAGUAUGCGGUAUACACCCCCUGGUAUCGCAACUUCGUCAAUUAUCUGCAUUUGCACCCGCAUGUGCUUGAUGAGCGACCGAUGCCGAGUCAGAAUCCUUCAGGCUUCCGCAAGAAGUAUGAGAGCUUGUUCGAUGCAAAGGUACCGGAGGCACCAGAAAGCAAGAGGCUGUCAGAUGAGGACAAAGAGCGCUUGCAUCAUCUGUAUCCGGCUGGUGAAGCAGCAGCUCUGGAGCGACUGGGAAGGUUUCUGAAGGAGAAGGUCGGGAAGUACAAGGACACACGAAAUUUUCCGAGCAAGAACAGUACUGCGAGACUCAGUCUGCAUCACGCCGCUGGCACUCUCGCGGCGCGCACAAGUGUAAGACUGGCAAAAGACGUCAACACCACGAAGAAGCUCGACGGUGGGGUCCAAGGCAUUCAAAGUUGGAUUUCCGAAGUAGCAUGGCGCGACUUCUAUCGACAUGUGUUGUGCCACUGGCCCUACGUAUGCAUGCACAAACCCUUCAAGUUCGAGUAUACAAAUGUCGCAUGGGAGUACAGCGAUCCUAACCUCGAAGCCUGGAAGACCGGGCGCACCGGCUACCCCAUCGUCGACGCCGCAAUGCGCUGCAUGAAUAUCACGGCUUACAUGCACAACCGGCUACGCAUGGUGACCGCAUCCUUCCUCGCGAAGCACUUACUCCUCGACUGGCGACUGGGCGAGCAACACUUCAUGUUGAAGUUCAUCGACGGCGACUUCAGUGCAAACAACGGUGGUUGGGGCUUUGCGAGCUCAACCGGCGUGGAUCCGCAGCCGUACUUUCGCGUGUUCAAUCCAUGGCUGCAGAGCGAAAAGUUUGAUGAGGAUGGGGAGUUUAUCAAGUUGUGGGUACCGGAGUUGAAAGACAUCCAGGGUAAGGAAAUCCACAACCCGUAUGCAAAGCCAGGCACGAAGGCUGCAGCCAUCGCCGCGAAGAACGGGUACCCAAAGCCGAUUGUUGAGCACAAGUUCGCGAGAGAAAGGUGUUUGGUGAGAUACAAGGCGGGUAUCGGACGGGACACGGCAUGA